AUGCCUCCUCUUCACACUGGUUUUGAGUUGUGUAAAAGAAUAACUGAGUUUUUUAUUGAUUGGGGAAUAGAGAAGAAGGUUUUUACCAUUACUCUGGAUAAUGCUUCUAUAAAUGAUGUCAUGCAGCAAAUUUUGAAGAGUCAACUAGCCUUACAAAAUUGGUUAUUACAUAAAGGAGAGUUCUUUCAUGUUCGUUGUUCUGCACAUAGCUUAAAUCUAAUUAUGCAAGAUGGACUUAAAGUAGCUUCUGGUGCUUUGCAAAAGAUUAAGAAAAGAAUCAAACAUGUGAAAGGUUUAGAGAGUGGGGUGGUAAAAUUCAAGCAAUGCAUUUAUAUGGUUGGCAACAUUGAUGUAUCAAGUGGGUUGGUUACAAAUGUGCCUACAAGAUGGAACUCAACAUAUUUGAUGCUUAAAAGUUCUCUUAAAUGUCAACGUGCAUUUGAAAAUCUUCAUUGUUAUGAUGAAAAUUAUACAAGUAAUCCUUCAAAGUAA